AUUUAUUUCCGAUUCUGCAGCCCGUCGAACACAUCAAGCCGAAGCUGUACUUCCUUGACGCAAAUAAUACUAGCCUCGAGUGGGAUGUGGUCUGAAGUUACUCCGACGAAGAUUUUCUAGGCUUUGUUUGUCACAUAGCUUUCUCAAUGGGAAAUUCACAAGGGAAGCCGGUGUGCUCCACCGAUGAAGUAAACCUCAAUCAAUUCCGAUUACUUCGCGUGGUCGGGAAAGGUGCUUUCGGGAAGGUUCGUAUCGUGGAGAAAAAGGAAACUGGAUUGACAUUUGCGCUCAAAUACAUUCGGAAAGAAGAAGUGGUUCGAUCGGAAAGCGUACGGAAUAUCAUUCGCGAACGGAGAAUGCUCGAACACCUAAACCACCCUUUCCUGUGCAACUUGAGAUACAGCUUCCAAGAUAUAGAAUACAUUUACAUUGUGGUGGAUUUGAUGAAUGGUGGUGAUCUACGGUUCCACAUCUCAAGGAAAUGCUUUACAGAAGAAGCAGUACGAUUCUGGGCGGCAGAACUCGGAUGUGCUCUAAAAUAUAUCCACUCGCAAGGUAUCAUUCAUCGAGACGUGAAGCCGGAUAAUGUGCUACUGGACUCUGAGGGACAUGUUCACUUGGCUGAUUUUAAUGUGGCCUCGGAUUUCCGCCCUGGAAAGCCUCUCACCAGUAAAUCGGGGACCUUGGCAUAUCUUGCGCCCGAAGUAUAUGAGGGUGGCGGAUACUAUUGUGAAGUUGACUGGUGGUCGUUGGGAGUGACAUUCUACGAGUGCAUCUAUAACAAGCGACCCUUCGAAGGUCGCAGCCAGGAUGUAUUAAGCGAGAACAUCAAAAAGGCUCAGCCGAAGUAUUAUGUCACUAACCCAGCGGUUUCGGUGCCCUGUUUGCGAGCUAUGGGUGCACUCAUGGAGAAGGACCGGAGUAAACGUAUCGGCGCUUCCAGUUGGGAGAGUUUCAUCUCCCACCCAUUCUUCGCUGAGAUUGAUUUUGUCGCGCUAGAACACAAAGAAGUCCCGCCAGUGUUCAGACCUUCUAGCGACAAGACGAACUUUGAUGCCACAUAUGAUUUGGAAGAAUUGCUCCUUGAGGAGGCACCGCUGGAGGCUAGAGCUCGCAGACAAAAGCCAAGAGCAGAAUUGAGGGAAGACGCUACUGCGAAGGAGAUUCGGGAAGAUGAGCUCCAUCGCCUGAUUGAAACCAUGUUCGAGCCGUUUGAUUAUACGACCGUGACUUAUCGAGGAAAUGCCGCGGAUGCUAUCGCAGCGUCGACGAAUCCCGAAGACUGCCUUCCCACCACCGGCUCGACGCACUCACGGCAAUAUUCGCAGACCGAUUCUUCCAGAAACUCCCCCCCCUUGCGUAACAAUGAUGGUUCAGUGAGUCGGUUGACUCAACCUGACGCUCCUUCACCUUUCGGUGAGACAAUGGAGCCCCACGAUCCUACUCUAAACAAGACCCCUGCAUCUCCAACUUCAUACCCACAGCCGCCGCCUUCACCGGCUCCUCAAUUCCAUCGUCCGUUUCAACCUCCGUCUAAUCCUGCGUCCAAUCCUCUUUCCCCGGCCAACCCCGCCAACCCCGCGUCUAGUCGUCCGCGAGGAGCAACACGUAAAACAAGCAAGGGUGGUGGUGUACAGAUGGUGCUCGAGGAAGCCGGCAGCUGGAGUGAACUCGCUGAUCAAAGUUCCACACUCCCCGCCGAAGGUUACGAUGUCGGUUCAAGCAAAGGAAAAUCCUCGAACAGUGGCAUGCUGGCAUUCCUCAGUCGGAAGAAGGGCCGUGAUAGGAGUCCCAAGCCCCAGGAACCAGGCGUUUUGGGUAAGGAGGGAGCGAGGCAAAUUAUUAGCUGAAGAGGACAUGGGUCAGCUGAAGUGGCGGAUGCGACAGAACGUUCCUUCCGUUACUUCGGCUCCUACUCUUGAGCCAGCCGAACAAAAAACAUCGGCCUAUUGAAAUGGAAUUCUCCCUUUACAGCAUUCAAGAGAUCGCUGACAUGUUGCACCAUUGGCUGGCCCAUCGAAGACUGGUCGCAUCAUGGCGUCUAAUACAAUGUUUCUUGUGAACCUUCGCUUGGCAGCUUCAGCAGUCGCGUUUCAAGGUUCGGAGAUCAAGUGAACUUGAACAAUAUUGAAAACUUUGGCGAAACAAAAAAAAAAAAAAAGAACUUGGAGUAGCAAGACUGACAAAUCACUGUUUCUCUGACCCGCUCUUCUAGUCUUUGACAUUGGACAAUACCAGGGAAUGCAUCAAUACCCCCACGAAAAGGGAUCGUGAACUGGUGAUGGCGCAGCCAGUGCCCUCCAUGUGUUCACAUUUUCUCGAUUGCAAC